UGGCAACAGCUCUGUCUGAAAACACCAACCCUCUUCUCUUCGAUGUCAUGGCUCCUUCCAUCUAUCCCGGGCUGGUCUCGAGCCUCACCGAGUGCCUCCUUAUCCUCAAAUGACCCUGACGACCUCGACAUUCCACCUCUAUUCCCAUUACCAAAUUCUGCUCAACGGUCCUCUGCUCCCGGGUCAUCGAGCUCUCAACAUGAUGCUGGUGGAUCUCGACCCCCUGCACCUACAUUUAAUCUCGCUCCGCCAUCACCUCCGAAGAAUACCGAAGACGAAGAACCGCCGUCCGAGCUGAACAUUGCUGUUUUACCAGACGCGACCCCUCUUGGCGAUAUGGCUCCUCCGCCAAGUACGACACAGCGACCUGAUUUCGGGAUUCAGCCUGGUGGGAUCGAUGUUUCCGGUAGUGCGUCGAACGGUGAUCUUCCGAAGAAGAAGAAAAGGGGGAAAGUACCGCUUGCGCCUGGAUACAGUCAAUUAGAUUGGGCGAGAGUGACUACUAGUGGGAGGAAUCUCAGGGGAACGGAAUCGUUCCCUAUACGAGUAACGAUGGACGAGUUAAAGAAGCACAACACCAAGAAGGAUGCCUGGUCAGUGUUCAAUGGGAUCGUGUACAACAUCACACCUUAUCUCCCGUAUCAUCCGGGAGGUCCUGAUGAGCUCAUGCGAGUGGCCGGGCGUGACGGUACGAAGCUGUUCAUGUUGACACACUCUUGGGUAAACAUCGAUCACAUGCUACAGGAAUGCAUGGUGGGGAUGUUGGUCAAGGGCUGAGGGUAAAGUAGAGCAUCUAGUCAUAGCAUAGUCCGCAUCGCAUCGUAUUGCAUCGCAUUGC